GCGCAAGCGCAGAAUGCGCUCUUUGAGGACUCCAUUGCCCAGGGUACAUAGGAGCGCUUCUCUUUCCGGCGAAGGUCGUGGAGUUCUCCGGUAGGGGUCUGAAGGGUCAGAGACUCCGUUACCCAGCACCCUUUGUGGAGUGUUGCUGCGCACUUCCGGUGGAAGUGCUGGGGCGAGGGGGUGGAGUUUACAGAGCCGGUGGGCGGUGCUGCCGGUAGCUGGGUGCUGUCUAAAGGCUACAGGGCGUCGCUAGGGGAGUGAGCUGUGACCGGUUGGGCCGCGCUUAGCUUGGGACGAAGCUUCGGCUACUGUUCGACUACCUGCGGCCUCCCCUUCAUGUCGGCCCUCGAGAAGAGUAUGCAUCUUGGGCGCCUGCCCUCUCGCCCUCCACUACCCGGCAGCGGGGGCAGUCAGAGCGGAGCCAAGAUGCGAAUGGGCCCUGGAAGAAAGCGGGACUUUUCUCCUGUUCCUUGGAGUCAGUACUUUGAGUCCAUGGAAGAUGUAGAAGUAGAGAAUGAAACUGGCAAGGAUACUUUUCGAGUUUACAAGAGUGGUUCAGAGGGUCCAGUCCUACUCCUUCUGCAUGGAGGAGGCCAUUCUGCCCUUUCCUGGGCUGUGUUCACGGCAGCAAUCAUUAGUAGAGUUCAGUGUAGGAUUGUGGCUUUGGAUCUUCGAGGUCAUGGCGAAACAAAAGUCAGGAAUUCUGAAGACCUGUCUGCAGAAACAAUGGCAAAAGAUGUUGGCAAUGUGGUUGAAGCCAUGUAUGGGGACCUCCCUCCUCCAAUUAUGCUCAUUGGACAUAGCAUGGGCGGUGCUAUUGCAGUCCACACAGCGUCGUCCAACCUGGUACCAAGCCUCUUGGGUCUGUGCAUGAUUGAUGUUGUGGAAGGUACAGCCAUGGACGCACUUAACAGCAUGCAGAAUUUCUUACGUGGUCGUCCUAAAACCUUCAAGUCUCUGGAGAAUGCCAUUGAAUGGAGUGUGAAGAGUGGCCAGAUUAGAAAUCUGGAGUCUGCCCGUGUCUCAAUGGUUGGCCAAGUCAAACAAUGUGAAGGAAUUACAAGUCCAGAAGGCUCAAAGUCUAUAGUGGAAGGAAUCAUAGAGGAAGAAGAAGAAGACGAAGAAGGAAGUGAGUCAGUAAACAAGAGGAAAAAGGAAGAUGACAUGGAGACCAAGAAAGACCAUCCAUACACUUGGAGAAUUGAGCUGGCAAAAACAGAAAAAUACUGGGAUGGCUGGUUCCGAGGCUUAUCCAAUCUCUUUCUUAGUUGUCCUAUUCCUAAAUUGCUGCUCCUGGCUGGUGUUGAUAGAUUGGAUAAAGAUCUGACUAUUGGCCAAAUGCAAGGGAAGUUCCAGAUGCAGGUCCUGCCCCAGUGUGGCCACGCAGUCCAUGAGGAUGCUCCAGACAAGGUAGCUGAAGCUGUUGCCACUUUCCUGAUUCGGCACAGGUUUGCAGAGCCUAUCGGUGGAUUCCAGUGUGUGUUUCCUGGCUGUUAGUGACCUGCUCUCCUUCCCUCCCUCAACAUUGAGCUCUGUUGUAAAUACAUCGCACCAGAGGCCACUGUGAUGCCGCUGUCUCCUCACCAUCCCGCCCGACCAUGUGACACCGGCUCCCUGUAGACGGGCAUCCCCAGAUAUACAAACCCUUUCGUGUAUUCCUGCCCAAAGCAUUAUUUUCCAGGGCCUUCGAUCAACAUUGAUCUCCCCAGUCUAAGGCUCCCCAGCUCCUCUCCCUUCCCCGUUCAGGGAUAGCUCUUGCCUGUCCUCCCUGCCUUGCCUUGGGUGAAGCCUCCAUCAGAACUGCCACCCUUGGCCCCUGUUCCUGGCAUUAGGUAAUGGACCUGGGUCCCCAUGUUUCCCCAGGUACAGGAACCUCCAUUGCUUGAGAUUGUUCUUACCAUGGUCCUGCCUUGCCUCAGGGGCUGGACCAUGUGCAAGAUGGUCUCUAUUUUUCCCUUUUAGAUAAAACACCAGUCAAAUACCUUUUUAUCCCCAUCUUAUUCUUCUAGGCUUGGAAGACACAGAGAGGUCAGGAUCUCAUCCUUAGGUAGAGGGAGGGGUGGUAGAUAGCAUCACAAGAAACUAGCCUGAAAAUCAGGCUCAGCCAGUCCAAGCACAUGGCCUCCCAUCUGGGGAGGGCCCACGUCCCACUCCCACAUCUCUGGGCACCUGCCCUGGGCUGAGGCCAGGCUGCUCCAGGGGCCUCUUGAGCUCUCACCUGCCAUAAAGCAACCCAGGUUCACUACAGCCCAUGCACAAAGCCACAGGCUAAGGCCCGUGGAGUUGUUUUUAAGAAGCAGAUUUAACCAUUUUCAUAGUUGGUCCCUGGAGGUAUGCAGAGUGCCCGCUUGCCUUUUCUAGACCCACAGCUUAUCUUAGUUGUUUGUGGUUUCCAUGUCACCCUUCAUAGAAACAGUACAGUCCAGCAUCCUCAACAUUUGCCCUCUUCCAGCUGCCUCAUCACAGCACUUCAGCCUCCCUGCUGCCCAGGCACGCCAUUUCCAAGGGUAGGGAGGGGCAGUCUCCUGCAGCCCAUCUUCUCUGUGACUGUCUUAGGUGAUGCAUAGCCCCCUCCACCUUUUGACCCCACAACUUCUAUCCCUGUCCUGCUUCAGGGUCCGAAGUCUGGGACCUUCUUUGUUUCUUUGUUAUUUAUGACCUUGUUUAAAGAAAAUAAAUAUCUCCCAACCUUUA